AUGGUUAAUAAAGCAAUGGGUGAUUGGAUAUUGGAGCUGAUCAAAUACAAUCUCGUCCAACUGCUCUCGGAGCUGGCAAACGCCGAGAACGAAGCCUUGGAAGCGGAGGAUUUGCCGGGGAUGGCGAAACAGGAUGAGAUACGGGUUGAGUUGGAGCGAUCCGCCAAUGCCAAUUCGCCCCAGAGGGAACGGAAGGCGGGCUGCAAAAACUUCUUCUGGAAAACCUUCACAGCCUGUUAACUCGCUGACACUCCAGAACAAGCCGCGGGCUACUGCUUCAUCUCAAUCACACACGGUCAGAUGUGGCAGCACCAGAACUGUAAAUUAAAUAAUGUAAUCGAUGAUUUGAUUUGAUUUAUGUGACAGAAGAGUUUUAGCUUUUGUCCAGUAGCAGACCAGUCCUCAUUGUGACCAGGUAGGAUUGCUCUGAUUAAUGAGGCUCUUUCUCAUUGAAAUAAAAUUUUCUGUUUGAAAGUGGA